UUCCUGUGGCAUACCUUGAUUGAGAAGAAGCGCUUCCGGCGACCCAGGACCACUAAUCAACAAGCCCGCCUUCCGGGCCCAAGGCGACCCUCGCCUCAGGCCUUUCGGAGUCACACGGUUGUCCCCCCCAGCUCCUGUGACGCUGCGGUAAACAGGAGCGCUUCCCUGCUUCGGUCUAGGUACAGACCUCCUCGUCUCCCGGCCGCCCCCGGCAGCAGGUCAGGGAUCUUGCAGUGGUCUUUGUCUCCUUCUAUAAUGCCUGGCAUUUGAUAAAACAUUUGUUGAACUUGAAGAGAUGUAUGGGCAAUGAAUCUGGAAAGGGAGAACAUCUUUGGUCCUACAGUGUUGCUGACCCUGACAUUUUCUGAGUGGUCUUGCACAGCCUACUUUUUAUAUAAAUAACUGGCAAGACUUCAUAUUUUUCACUACAAGCCUACAUCCUAGAGAUUUUAAAACACUGCUUUUAGGUUACGACUACAUUUAACCUGAAAGCUCUUCCUUUCUUAUUCCAAAAUGUUGAGAUACUGGGGAGAGAUACCAAUUUCAUCCAGCCAGACCAACAGAAGUUCCUUUGACUUGCUUCCACGGGAAUUCCGUCUGGUGGAAGUCCAUGACCCACCCCUGCACCAGCCCUCAGCCAACAAGCCCAAGCCCCCCACAAUGCUGGACAUCCCCUCAGAGCCGUGCAGCCUCACCAUCCAUACUAUUCAGCUGAUCCAGCACAACCGACGUCUGCGCAAUCUCAUUGCCACAGCUCAGACCCAGAAUCAGCAACAGACAGAAGGUGUAAAGACUGAAGAGACCGAACCUCUUCCCUCUUGCCCUGGGUCACCUCCUCUUCCUGAUGACCUCCUGCCUUUAGAUUGUAAGAAUCCCAAUGCGCCAUUCCAGAUCCGGCACAGUGACCCAGAGAGUGACUUUUAUCGGGGAAAGGGGGAACCUGUGACUGAACUCAGCUGGCACUCCUGCCGGCAGCUCCUCUACCAGGCAGUGGCCACAAUCCUGGCCCACGCAGGCUUUGAGUGCGCUAAUGAAAGUGUCCUAGAGACUCUCACUGAUGUGGCACAUGAGUAUUGCCUCAAAUUUACCAAGUUGCUGCGCUUUGCUGUGGAUCGAGAAGCCCGGCUGGGACAGACUCCUUUCCCUGACAUUAUGGAGCAAGUAUUCCACGAGGUGGGCAUUGGCAGCGUGCUCUCCCUCCAGAAGUUCUGGCAGCACCGCAUCAAGGACUAUCACAGUUACAUGUUGCAGCAGAUUAGUAAGCAACUAUCUGAGGAGUAUGAAAGGAUUGUCAAUCCUGAGAAGGCCACAGAGGACACCAAACCUGUAAAGAUCAAGGAAGAACCUGUAAGCGACAUCACCUUCCCUGUCAGUGAGGAACUGGAGGCUGACCUUGCUCCUGGAGACCAGUCACUGCCCAUGGGGGUCCUCGGGGCUCAGAGUGAGCGCUUCCCAUCGAACCUGGAGGUCGAGGCUUCGCCACAGGCUUCAGGCACAGAGGUCAAUGCUUCCCCACUUUGGAAUCUGGCCCAUGUGAAAAUGGAGCCUCAAGAGAGCGAAGAAGGCAAUGUCUCUGGGCAUGGUGUGCUAGGUAGCGAUGUCUUUGAGGAGCCCAUGUCCGGGAUGAGUGAAGCUGGGAUCCCCCAGAGCCCUGAUGACUCAGACAGCAGCUACGGUUCCCAUUCCACGGAUAGCCUCAUGGGGUCCUCCCCUGUUUUCAACCAGCGCUGCAAGAAGAGGAUGAGGAAAAUAUAAAAGGAAAAGAGGAGACUUUGUCUCCAGACCUACAAGACCAAACAGAAAACCUCAAUGCAUUCAAAUUUGUUUCCAUACAGGGUGAUUUGACUCUUAAGUCUUAAAUACAGUGGAUCUUCCUGAUUUCAUUGGAGGUGGAUUUAACCAAACACGUUUGCAUUUUACUUAUACAGCCAGUUUUUGUACUUUUCCACAACCAGGCCACCUUUCACAGACAGUUCAUGGUACUGGGAUGGUAAUCGGGAAACCAGAGUACUGUCCCUGACUGGUGUCUUUGCCUUCGCACAACUGAGAAGAAUCACACUGCUCGGCUCCUUAUCGCAGGGUUGUACAGAUUGAGAUUCUCAUCAGACUUCAAAGCUGUGCUUGAAAAGACUCACAAGUAAAUAUAUACUGAUAUCAGAA